CGGAACUAGUUGUUUGUCCAACAAAUGUUUCCGGCCGACGUUAUUUUGAGUGAAGGCUCGUGGAAAUUUCUGGUUGAUUAGUAUUUGCGCUCUAAUAACGAUCCCCUUUCCGGUUUAAUCAUGGAGAGCACAAUGGCUGCCCCGGGUCCUAAUAAGGACAACAUCCGGGCUGGGUGCAAGAAAUGUGGAUAUCCGGGCCACUUGACCUUUGAGUGCCGGAACUUUGUCAGAGUUGACCCCCAGAAAGACAUAGUCCUGGAUGUAAGUAGCACCAGCAGCGAGGAAAGUGAAGAGGACGAACCUGCACCUCAGCGCAGUGAGAAGCUGGGGCGAAGUAAAGGUUCCCAUAAUGAUGAAAAUAAUGGUAGAAAAGGGAGACACAAACAGAAGAAGAGCAGCAGUGACAGAAGGUCAAGAAAGAGAUCUAACUCAUCGAGCGAUGAGACUACAAAGAAAAAAAAGAAACGCAGCAGUUCCUGCUCCUCAUCGGACGAGGAGGAGAGCGGGAAGAAAAAGAAAGUGAAAAGCCGGAAGAAGAAAAGCAAAAAGAGCAAAAAGGAACAUGGGAAGAAUCAGAAGAAGAAACAGAAGAAGAAGAAACAAGAAUCCUCCUCCACUUCCCCUUCCUCUUCCAGCUCUGGUAAAUCCUCAGACAGUGACUGAGACCAAAAAGUCUCUGGAGGUCCAAUAUAUUUAUUCUCCAGUCCAUGAAACUUGGGUUUUGCAGAUUUCAAGGAUUUAAAUGAUCAAUUAGCCCAAAAAUACCGUAGUGCAUUUUAUGCUGCAGAUAAGUUUUAUACGAUCAUGCCAGUGAAAAAAAUGUGUUGGGGUGCUCUGGAAAAUUUUGCAAAACAUGUCUGGAGCCAGGGAACAUGUUCUGUUAUGGAUUCCUCUCAGAGUGAGAGGAAUCUUUAAGUGACACAUGGUAUAGUCUCUUGUCGUACAUAUUACUGAAGAAAAGCCUGAACAUCUUUAGUUAUGUUUUCUGGAUGCUGUCCAAAAAAUAUUUUAAAGGGGUCAAAUGUGAAUCCCAAACAGGGUUUGACAAGAUACAAAUUGCCAAGGAUAACAUUCAUUAAUACUCAGUGGCGUAUUUCUUUGUCAGUGCUGACAUGUCAACAAAAGUUGAUCUACUGGCUAAUUUCAGUAGACAAAAAAAUGCUUUUAGUUUGUAAUUGCCUGAAUGUUUAUAUUGUACAUUUGCUAGAAUGGUUUUUUUGUACAAUGAAACUCCUGAAGUUACCUGUGAGACUAUGUGGCUAUAUGGUUGCUAGUAGUGUAAUUAUUGUCAAAGAAUGGUUAUUAUUUAACCACCCACACCUUUUUGAAAACCAUGUGGUCAUUUCAAAUGUUCAUUCCAAAAAUAUUGUUUGUAAAUUCUUGGGCUGUCAUUAACUGAGCCUCUUUAUACAGCUUUGUUUAUUUCCUUUGGACAAUUUAUUAUUGCUUCAGUCUGUCUUUUUUUGGUCCUCCCAAUUAUGUGUUCUUUUAUUUUAGUAAAAUCUAUAUUUGUA